AGAAUGAUUUCCACCUGGAAUCCGGACAGAUCGUGUCUCCUGUGAAUCGUCAGAUCCGACGUACGCAGUGAAAUAUUAUUGGCAAGAGAAUCCUUGAGGCAUUGACGCUGUUCUUAUCGCGAAAUGUAAUACGUGUUGGUAUAUCAGUGAGGAAAUGGUGAAUCACGUAAAGUUCUAUUGCGCGCACUAAAAUACCGUCGCGGAAUGUGGGCGAGGAAGUAGAUGUGACGCAUCAACACAGAUCUGAAUUUCCAUUAAAUAAUAUCGUUGCGACGUAAGGCGUUUAGUGAAGUGAAAACGCGUCUCGAUCGAUUUCGAGGGAUGCCGGGUAAAAAAAAGCGUCGCGUUCACGUCGGUACAGAGCGUCUCGAGGUGUCAAAUGUGUGGCAGAUGACAUGACAUGAGACGGCAGGACGACGUCGGCGACGUCGAAAAUUACGCAACGAGCAGAAACGCCGCCGUUGCCGCCGUCGCCGGCGGUGCGAGAUGGCCGAAACAGCGACGACAACGACAACGGCGUCUGCGCAGACUACCGUAUUACCAUUGUGCGCAUGCGCGACUUUACUCGUCCCUUGGCACAGCUGUCGACGGGGUUGCCACCCCGAGGGUAGCUGCUUGCCGAAACAUUCGAAGCGUCCGUCACGAUUGGCCGAGGGGACACGAACCAGUCUCCCAUCCUUUUACUAUUGGCUGGCUCUACUUCGUGGGUGGGGUCACGACUAGCCAAGCGAGUCUGGUAUAGAGGGGAGUGUUUGAACAAGACUCCGCGGCUCAAGAGUACCGGGGUACACUCGCUAACCGGCCUCCAUCCACACUACACACAGAGGGAGAGAGAGAGAGGGCUCAAACAGCCGCAAAUAACUGCGACUACGUGUGGUAUAUAGUUGUUGGGACAACAAUUACCCCUAUCGCAACGUCAUCGAGUACUACGGACACGCAUUGUUCGGGACGCGCUCUUGUUGUCCGCGUGUGUUUGUGUUUCUUCGGGCAUUCUUUUUAACGUGACUAUUAACGGCGCCAACUCCAGCCAGAGGAUUUCUUGGCCAGCCACGGGGCAACGUGGGCCUCUUUGCCCGUCCUAGAGACUUGGACGGCGAGUGAAGACGAAUCGCCGUUUGACAACCACUUGUCAUGGUCAUGUAUCUAAACAGUUUGUGAUAGUUGUGUGACGGUUUUGUGACGGUUUCGCGGGACCGAUCUGUGUCUCGUUUUUGUGUGACGACUUAUGAGGCGAGAUUCGCGCGCUCUCGUCAUUACUCUGCUGUUAGUCGAUAGUAUUGUUAUGCUCUUCGAUCUCUUUACAAGAAACCUGUGUUUCCAGUGAUUGUUCAGUGUUUAUUACUGGUGAAAGGGAGUGGAGAGAGGGAAGAGGAAAGAGAGAGAGAAAGAGUCAGAGAGAGAGAGGAACCACCAGUCUGUUCACUCCAGGUUGGCUUGCAGGACUGUACAGCAAAGAGAAAAGGGAAACAAAUCAAAACGUCUGAAGAAGUGUCUGACUGCUGUUUGAUAAACGUUCGGACAGAGAUGAAUCUUUAAGAGGAAGUUCCUAUACCGCCGGAAGGAAAAGCUAAAUUUAAAUCUUGAGACGUCGCAGAGUGUACAUUCAGGAAUACAUAUUAUUUACUGUUCAAAGUGGAGGGCCCUAGUGUGACCGAGACAGCGGCGCGUUGAUCGCCGUUUUAAGUUUUUGAUGAUUCUCGCUUGACACCCCCCGUCGAUCUCUAUGACAAUGCUUCAGUCGCAAAAGUUAUACAGCGAGGCUGGUAGCCUCGGCGGUGCCAUGACAAGCGCUGCCAUGUCCAGCAUGGGCAGCAUGGCGCCGACCUACAGCUCCAUAAAUUCGAUGGGCUGCGUGUCGAUGGGAAUGUCCAUGGGAGUUGGAGUUGGGCCAAGUUGCAGUCCUCAGGGUGCGAGUGGCUUCAACAUGAGCAGCAUGAGUUCAGCUAUGGGUAUGGCAUCUAUGGCUGGAGGAGGAAUGGGCAGCUAUGGUGGUGCAACCAUGGGUGGCGGUAGUGCUUGUAUGAGUGCCGGCGCAUAUGGACCCUUGACUCCUGGAGGUGGUGCUGGUGUCACGAGAGACCCGCUCUCUCUAGCGGAACCAGAUUCUCCAAACUCGGCCCUUCAAAGAGCCAGAACGGAUAAAUCUUAUAGGAGAAGUUACACACAUGCGAAACCACCGUAUUCCUAUAUCAGUCUCAUAACCAUGGCUAUUCAGAAUGCGCCAUCCAAGAUGCUGACUCUUUCUGAGAUCUAUCAGUUCAUAAUGGACCUGUUCCCGUUCUAUCGACAAAAUCAGCAGCGCUGGCAAAAUUCAAUCAGGCAUUCUCUCAGCUUCAAUGAUUGUUUCGUCAAGGUGCCGCGUACGCCUGAUAAACCUGGCAAGGGUUCCUUCUGGACCUUGCAUCCGGACAGUGGUAACAUGUUUGAAAAUGGUUGCUAUCUCCGCCGGCAGAAGAGGUUCAAGGACGAGAAGAAGGAGCUGACGCGGCAGACAAACAAGCAUCAGCAGCAUCAGCAACACCACACCACCGGCCAUAGCAGUCCCUCCUCUCACGAAUUAAAUAAUCACGGUAAGAAAACACCCUCGAGUCUCCAUCAUGGAUCUCAGCAGCAGGACGAGAAAGAUCUACACGGUCUGGUCUCGUCUCAUCAUCAUCAUCACACGGGCGGCGCGACCCUUCAUCAGCAUCACACCAGCCUGAAGAGCGACGCUACCGAUAUCGGUGGUUUCCUCGGUACCGAUCUCGGUGCUGCUCACGAAGAACUCGCGGCCAUGGUCGGUCGCAGUUUACCACCUCAUCUCUUGGCAGAUCCAAGCGCCCUUCAUCACGGAAUGACUGGGAGCCUCAAGCAAGAGCCGCCAUACACAGCGGCCAGUCAUCCCUUCAGCAUCACGAGGUUACUACCUGGUGCCACGGCAGGGACGUCCCCUGGUAGUCAGGAUACCAAACCUCCCGAGCUGAAGAUGUACGAUUUGCAUCAGAGCUAUGCGAAUUACGGGUCACCCCAUCAUCCUCAUCAUGCGGCACCACCGAGCCAUCAUCAUCAUAACGGCAUGCACGCGGGAUCGAAUGGCGCCGCAGCAGCGGCGAUGCACAACAUGACCAAUCAUCACCAGGACUACUAUCAGAGCCCAUUGUAUCAUCACGCGGCAAGCGUCGCGACGUCUAGCGCACCGCCGCCACCUCCGACCUCCGCGGCACCGGGUUUGUGACAUCACGCAACCCACCCUUACGCCCUGGCCUGAGUCGCUGCCGCGGCCUACGAGGCCGUCGUCCAACGUGCUACUGCUGCUGCUGCCGCGGCUGCUGCUGGCGCCGGUGGUGCUGAUACCGAUCCUGGUCCUGGUACCGGUGGUAGUAGUGGAAGUGGUGGUGCUUGUGCUCAUGGUCAUCAUCGUCGAUUGGAUUUUCAGCUUCGUCAAGAACUUCGGCCGAUUUAUCAGACAGGAAGCGACGCUAUGGUUACGGAUCUUGGUAGCGUACCGGUUAAUUGGGACGAUACCAAUGACGUCACUCUUGUUUCCUAAUCAGCAGUACUCUCCGAGUAGACUCUUACUUCACUUUCUUUUUUUCUCAAUGAUCAUCUCUACUUGACACAGAGUUCUCAUCCGUUCAAAUAAAAUUUCUUCAUAGUUCCUUCAUCUACUUGAAUGUUCCUUGAUGACAGAUGAAAAUCGACUGUCCGAAUGUCGUUCACUUGGAAUGAUCUUUGUUAUCGCCUUUAUGGUACUUUUGCAAAAUAUUUUUUUUUUUUAUAUUCAGUAUAUGGACCAAAGCUUUAACGCAAUACCUAUACCGAUAUCCUACGGUCUUCUUCUCCGACCUUUGAAUUUCUAAGAACGAUCCAAAAUACAAAGUAUCAUCGUUUAUUGUUGAUCAAUAACAAAAUUUAUAAUUAUAUAGAAAAAAGAACACGAAAUCUUUGGAUUUUUAUUGAAUAAUCAAAAUACUCACCGACCAACAAUCAAAUCUCGAUGUUAUCACAGUAGAGAUGAUUUUUACCUAAAAUUAUAGAUUUCUCAAAAUAACAAAUCGUCCAUUUAUAACGAUUGUCUCGAGUACGUGAAAGCGCGAGAGGGAGUUUUAAAUAGCAUUCUGCCGAUAUUCGCACGAAAAGUAAUCCCGCGACGAAGAAGAUGACGAUGAAGUCAAUGGAUGACGGUCGGUGACGGUGGUGACGACGCUAGUGGUAAUGGUGUCCUCGGUCAAGUGAAAAAUGUGAUAAUCCGUGAAAAUAAAUGAUAAACUAAAGGACCUAUAUACGAUGAAAACAAGUAGACGAAUACACGCGCGCACAACGUAUGCAUAAACAAUUACGUAGACACAAGAGUAAUCACGUUAAAAAAAAAGUCAUAGACGCACGAGCGCGCGCAUUUAAAAAUAAGAAACACGACUUUUGUAAAACCGUCGCGCCAGACAGGUUCAGUGUUUUUGUAUGAUACAUGUAGAUAGUCGCACAAUCUAACGCGUAUAAUGUACAAUACUAUAUGUUAUAAAGAGGUAUAUAUAUAAAUAUAAAUAUAUAUAUAUAUAUAUAUAAAUGGAAUCUUCAACGAUACUUUAUAAUAGAAGUAUAUAUAGAGACAUAAAUAUAUACCGCGUGUACCAAAAGUGACGUCCCGAUGGGAAUGGCUUUGCUUGCGGAUCAUGCGCAAAGGAAAUUUUUAUUAGAAACAACCAAUAAAUACAUUCGGCCCGAAACAAUUGUCUUUCCAGCAUAUGCUGCGAGAGCGUGCAGUAAAUACAGGAGGGGCCAAGGAGGGGGUGGGGGGGGGCCUGUAGAAUAAAAAAUAUCACUUAAUUAUACGACGCGAUAUUUUAGGCUUUCUCGCGCAAAGAGACGUUACUUUUGUUUCACGCGAGGCCCCCUAUAUAAAUCUGUAAAUAAUAUUAGUAAUUGGUAUAUUACGAAAGAUCAUUUAUUAUUAUUAAUGUCAUCUAUUAUUGCCAUUAAUUAUUUUAUUAUUAUUCUAUUAUUAAUAUCGCAACGGACGAGAAUUCGUAUUAUCGUCGCGAGCUGUUAGGUUU